AUGAACGCGGUGAACAUACGCGCCAGAUAUGCGAAACCAUCAGCUAGACAAUAUGCGAUGUUCGAAUUUGGGGCUAGCUCUAAGCUCUGCCAUGUCCCGAACUCCGGAUAUACGGUGCGUCAGAGCUAUUAUGGAACAACGGGAACAGUCGGCCCGAUAUGGUGCAAGGAUUGGGACAUGAAAUCUCUGAAUUUGUCGGCAACGAGAAUAACGUGGGAAUCGGUCAAUCCGGAAGCUCAAUAUGUGAAAGUGGCUUUGACGUUUGCCCUCCCAAUACCAGUAUUGAUAAUUAUGUCACAUACUAUCGCGACAGUUAGCAACUGCCAUUUCCCUAGCGUCAAUGUUACUACCUACCUCUGUCGACUCAUAUGUCUCUAUCUCCGUGAAGCAAAUUUCACAAUUCCCGUCGUCACUUGA